UUAUUCUCUUUAUUCAUUCUCUUGGCAUCAGUUAGUCAGACGACAAACUCGAACAAAAGUUAAAAUGAAGGUUAGUGUAGAUUUUACCUUCCGCGACGAUUAUAUAAUGCCCGAGGAGCGUUAUAAACAGAUCGCCAAAAGAUCAAGGACAACAAUAAGGAAUAAGCCACGAAAUAAGCGCAUUGGGGCUACCAAAGUAAGAGUCAAGGAGUGUAUAGUGGUUCCAUCUUCGCCCAAGCCCGUAGAAGACCCCUUAACUACUGAUGUUGAAAUAUCAGUCAACAUGGGUAUUGAAUAUUAUGAUUUUCCCGACUUUGGACGCCCGUUGCCAGUCGCUUCCACACACGAGCAAAAUCGCAUUUCGUUGGAAAACCGAAAAAAAAUUGUCGUCUGGCAGAAAAUUCAUCAAAAGAACCUUAUGGAUGUCUGGCGCAAGGAAUCACGUAAGAAUCCACCAAAAAAAUAGAACCAGUUACAGAAAUAUACGACGAAUGCAG